CCCCUUGCAGCUCGGUGGCCAACGCCUUGGCCCAGGGCUAGCGAGAGCCGAGCAGAUUCGCAGACUCCUGGGACUGGGCACCGUACAAGCUGGGAGGCGGUGCCCUCUCACCCCAGCUAUUAUCCCGACAGGCCUUGGCCUUAACAGGUGUUGUGCCUGCCGUGGACGCAUUUUAACCCCGGCCGUAUCUCUCUGGAGACUUUGUGCCUAUGGUUGGGGACAGAGUGAGGUCGUUGCCUUGACGACGGCAGCAUGCGGCCCGCGGUCCUCCGGAGUGUGAGCUUGCGGCAGGUCGAGGCCAAUCUGCCUCCCUGCCUGCUUCACCUGGGACCCGUGACUGUUCCCGCAGAAGAAAUCACGACAACAGUAUAGAAUUGCUAGUUUGCUAGUCAGCAUCUUUUAGACCUGCGAGCGAGAUGCAUUUCACCUGAAAUUUGUUCCCAAGUUGAAAACCUUUGGGUCUUUCCACGCGAAAGGAUUUAAAAGCAACACAAGAAAAAUUCCUUCUGGUUUUCAAUUAAAAUGGAAAAAUAUGAGAACCUAGGACUGGUUGGAGAAGGGAGCUAUGGAAUGGUAAUGAAGUGUAGGAAUAAGGAUAGUGGAAGAAUUGUGGCCAUCAAGAAGUUCUUAGAAAGUGAUGAUGACAAAAUGGUUAAAAAGAUUGCUAUGCGAGAAAUCAAGUUACUAAAGCAACUGAGGCAUGAAAAUCUGGUGAAUCUGUUGGAAGUAUGUAAGAAAAAAAAGCGAUGGUACCUAGUCUUUGAAUUUGUUGACCAUACAGUUCUUGACGACUUGGAGCUCUUUCCAAAUGGACUAGACUACCAAGUAGUUCGAAAGUAUUUGUUUCAGAUUAUCAGUGGAAUUGGAUUUUGUCACAGUCACAACAUCAUACAUAGAGAUAUAAAGCCAGAGAAUAUAUUAGUCUCCCAGUCUGGAGUUGUCAAGUUGUGUGAUUUUGGAUUUGCGCGGACACUGGCAGCACCUGGGGAGGUUUAUACUGAUUACGUGGCAACCCGAUGGUACAGAGCUCCAGAGCUGUUGGUUGGUGACGUCAAGUAUGGCAAGGCUGUGGACGUGUGGGCCGUUGGCUGUCUGGUGACUGAAAUGCUCACGGGGGAGCCCCUGUUCCCUGGAGAUUCUGACAUUGAUCAGCUGUAUCAUAUUACAAUGUGUUUAGGUAAUCUAAUUCCAAGACAUCAGGAGCUGUUUUAUAAAAAUCCUGUGUUUGCGGGAGUCAGGUUGCCUGAAAUCAAGGAAACGGAACCUCUUGAAAGACGCUAUCCCAAGCUCUCUCAAGUUGCGAUAGAUUUGGCAAAGAAAUGCUUACACAUUGACCCGGACAAAAGGCCCUUCUGUGCUGAGCUCCUGCACCAUGAUUUCUUUCGUGUGGAUGGAUUUGCUGAGAGGUUUUCUCAGGAACUACAGUUAAAAGUACAGAAAGAUGCCAGAAACAUUUCUUUAUCUAAAAAAUCCCAAAGCAGAAAAAAGGAAAAGGAAAAGGAAAAAGAUGAUUCCUUAGGCGAAGAGAGAAAAACACUUGUGGUACAGGAUUCCAAUGCUGAUCCCAAAAUUAAGGAUUCUAAAGUGUUUAAAAUAAAAGGGUCAAAAAUGGAUGGAGAAAAGGUUGAAAAAGUCAGUCGAGUUUCCAAUGCCAGCUGUCUCCACAACAACAUGACAAGCCACAUCAAAACAGUGCCUUCCACGAGCCUCCGAGAUUGCAGCAAUGGCAGUGUGGACCACAUGAGGAAUCCAGGCACGGCAAUUCCCCCACUUACACACAACCUUUCUGCAGUGGCUCCCGCUGUUAGUUCCGGAAUGGGGACUAUCCCAGGAGUUCAGAGUUACAGAAUGGAUGAGAAAGCCAAGAAGUAUUGUAUUCCAUUUGUUAAACCAAAUAAACAGUCUCCAUCAGGCAUUUAUAAUAUUAGUGUGACCACAUCGGUUGCUAGUGAAAAGACCCUGCUGCAGGCAAGUAAGAAAAGAAGGGACUACUCAAAGACAGAUGUCCGCUUGCCUGAGCUAAACUAUAAUCAUCUCCCUGAACUAAGAGCCUUGGAAGGCAUCGCUCGAAAUUCCAGGUUAAUAAGGAGAGAGAACAAAAAUCUUUCAGAAUCUCGAAUUCCUUCUCUGGCCACUAUUGACUUGCACGCCCCCAGUAUCGCCUUACAUCAGGUAUCAGGAUCUCCCCCGUCAGAUGAUUCGGAGGCUGAUUUUCCUCGAAUGGAACACCACCACUGAGUGUCAUUUUGAUUCUGAACUGGAUGCUGCUCUAGCACUUGAGAUGACAUCCUUUUGCAGCAGAAGUGCUGAUAUCCUAGAAGAGAUGCAUGAUUUUGAGCAUUUACUUCUGAAUCGUCUGCAUUUUCCGAGAAGGGCCUUGAAGGAGAAGAAAAGACAGACUUCUGAGUGUUUCAAAGGAACCUCGAACAACUGUCCCUUCCCAAUUGUUAUCCCAUCCCGUCACCUGCAAGUCCACUGAUACAAUUUCAAGAUAUAGCCAAUGGAAGAAUAGUGAUAGGUUUCUUGUUUACAUGAAUGUAUAUUUACUAUUAGUAGGUUGUAUAUUUAAAGUGAUUUAAAAAAGGGAGAAAGAGAUAAGCAUUUAGAAGGUCAUUUAUACAUUGAACCUCAUGUGUUAUCUGUAUAAACGUAUACAUUUAUUUGGGAGUGGAUUUGGUGGAGGUAGGUGGUAAAAAGUAAAAUCAGUUGAAGAAAAUGAAAAGAACUAGGAUCAGUAAGAGAAAAUAUUUUCCUUACCCUAAUUUAACUGUAAAACACAUUUAAAAAUCUUGCUUGUUUCUAGGUGUUAAGGAGAUUUGUAACUGCUCUCUAUGGAUAGAUGUGUAUCUUUGGUUUCUGUGAUUAUUGUUGUUUAAUCAGUGUUAUUGUGGGAAUCUGGCCUCUCUGCUGAUCUUCUAAGAACCACACUAAUGCAAAUUUUGCAAAGAAACCUUUUAUUUCUAAUGACCUAGUAUGACUCUCUGUUUUGUAAGAUUCUGGUGCUAAUGUUCCUAUGUGUAGGAACGUUACUGGAACAAGAAUGGGGACAGAGAAUUUUGUAAGUCUGCCUUGGAGCUGAGUACUGUGCUUCUCAUGGGAAAAAGAGGAACACACACCUUAGGAGAUGGAAACAGCUUUACCAACUGACUAGGGCUGAUCACUCUUCUGUGGGCCAAUUGCUCUGGAAGUCUCCAGCUGAAAAGGCGUUGGGGAGGGAAUGCCCACUGUUUUGGACUUCACUCUUGUCUCCUGAGAGCUUGAAGGUGUGUUGCACAGAACCCAGAGAUGUUCCUGUCUCCUGUUUUCUCAGACACUUAAGCCUUCCCCAAAGCUUUUCACCAAGGUGCAAAAUCAUUUCCCUGCAGCCCACACAUCUUUUCUAAUGCACUAGUUCACAACUUUUACAUGGAAGAGUUAAACCAGCUGGACUCCAGGUUUUGGGUUUCUGGGUUUUAAGACAUGCUCUGCAUUUAUCAUCUUAGAGAAUGGUUGUUCAGGGGACCAGAAUCUGUGUGGACUUAUUUUGCCUUAACCAAUUAACAGUGUAUUUUUUCCAAAAGGCUUUGAGGAGAACUUAGCCCCCAGAUUUAACUAGCAGUUUUCUCUGUUACUCUAAGGAGCUUAAUACUGAAAUUCUGACUUUAGACACUCAAGCUUCAAAAGGACAUUCCAGAGGAGGCAAAAUAAGGGGCUCCAAUGUGGAUUCUAUAGGUGGUUCAACUAAAAUUUCACCUUGAUUUUGAGACUCUGUCUUUAGCCUCUGACCAGAUGUUUGACUAGAUUGGUGCGGCUAAUGUACUGAACAAAAUUAGUGUAUAGGUAGUAAUAGGCUUCAUAUUAAAAUGCUAUUGUUUUAUUUUUAUUUUGAAAAAUUUUGCCAGCAGACUGUACAGCAUGGAAAGCAGGCAAUACUUAGAAGCCAAGUGUUUCUCCAGUUUAUUUCAAUGUUAUUUUUAUUUAAGAUCAGUCUGAAAAUAUCACUUCACUGUCUGAGAGUCUAAGAUCAGUUACCUUCUCAUUUCUGUGUUUGCUUUUGAUAUUUUUUGUUUACUAAAACAUUUUGUGAACUUUAGAAUUACAGAACUAAAAAUGAUUUACUGUGAGUCCACGUUGAGACUUGAGAACCAUAUCUGGUUAGAACCUUGGCAGAACUCCUUGAAAAAGAAGAUUUUGCAAAUUGGAGCCAUAGAUACUGAAGCAAAAGAAUCCCUUUUCUCAGUUUAAGGUUACUUUGCUUUGUCUCACUUUACAAGGAUAUGAUUAAGCCACUUACUAAUAGGAAAUAUGUGUAUGUACUGGUUGGGGGAAAUGAGCUUGCUAUGUGUGUAUGUAUCUUUUAAAAUUAAUAAAUAUUAUAUCUUACUGAGCUCCAUA